AUGCCGCAGGAAUCACUUCGUAUUGUUGUAUGUGGAGAUGAGUCAGUGGGGAAAUCAUCUAUCAUAAACUAUUUCAUUCGAGAGUCAUUCCCCAACCAAAUCCAAAAGGUAUUGCCUCCCAUAACCAUUUCAAUCAAUGACUACUAUUCCUCUAUAGAAGAGUACACUUCUGAAUCAGAGAAAGUGGCCACGGCUCUUAGAAGAAGAAAGAAGUCCAAAUCAACGUUUGAGAGAGGUCAAGAAAAGAUCCUGAAGUAUUUACCGGUUACAACUAUCAUUGACACAGCAUGUACUGAUUUACCUGAACUACAAAAGGAAUUGAAGCGAGCCAAUGUCAUUUGGUUGAUCUAUACUGACCAUUAUACUUAUGAGCGGGUCUCAUUGUAUUGGUUGCCUAUGUUUAGAUCCUUGGGGAUCAACUUGCCUGUGAUUGUGUGCUCCAAUAAAUGUGAUCUCAUUGUUCCUAAACUGAAAUGGGAAGCCAUGGAUCAUGAAGAAUUCACUCCAUUGAUCAAUGAAUUCAAAGAGAUCGAAUCUUGUGUACGAUGUAGUGCUAAGACGGGCUAUAACAUUGUGGAGGCGUUUUAUUUAUGUCAAAGAUCAAUAACCCAUCCUAUAUCUCCAAUAUUUGAUGCUAAAGAAGGGAAUUUGAAACCAUUGGCUGUUAAAGCCUUUAGAAGAAUAUUCACUUUAAGUGAUACUGACCAAGAUGGGUAUUUGGAUUUCAAGGAGUUUGCGGAACUCCAUCGCAAAUGUUUUGGUAAAGAAUUCAGUGAAGUUGAUUUCCAGAGGGUGCUAAGAACUUUAAGUCGGACUUUACUACCCAUGAAUGAAAAGGAACGAGAAACAGUUUCAGAAGAUGGAUUCGUUUUAUUAAAUAAAAUAUAUUGUCAAAGAGGUAGACAUGAAACUGCGUGGGGGAUUCUUCGAUCAUUCAAUUAUACAAAUACUUUAACAUUAGAAGAUGACUUUUUACAUCCGGAAAUCGACGUAAACCCGCUUUCAAGUGUGGAAUUAAGUCCGGUGGGGUUCAAGUUCUUUGUGGAUUUAUUUAUUAAGUUCGAUAAGGAUAACGAUGGAGGUCUUAGUAAUAAAGAAUUGGCCAAUCUAUUUGCUCCAACCCCGGGGGUACCUAAAUUAUGGACAGAGUUACAGUUCCCAAGUUCGGUGGUUUGUAAUGAAUCAGGUUAUGUUACUUUACAAGGCUGGUUGGCUCAAUGGUGUCUCAGUACGUUUCUUGAUUACAAAGUUACUUUGGAGUACCUUGCUUAUUUGGGAUUUGAUAAUGGCAGUUCUAUAAAGGCUUUAAAGAUAACAAAACCUCAUAGAAAGAGACAAAGACAGGGUAAAGUGUAUCGACUGGCAGUAAAUGAUAGAAACGUCUUCAGUUGUUUCAUAUUAGGGGCCUCAAACUCAGGUAAAUCUUCUUUACUUGAUCUGUUUGUUAAUGGUACAUUCAUAGAGAGUUAUACCUCUACUACAAACCCUCGGAUGUGUGCUAAAGAUAUUGAACUUAGAGGUGGGAAACAGUGCUAUUUAAUACUUGAGGAAUUGGGUCAUAAAGUCGAAGAGAACCUUACACCUCAAAGGUUAGAGCAUUGUGAUGUUGUUUGCUAUGCAUACGAUUCUUCUGAUCCUGAUUCCUUCCAAUAUUUGGUUGAUUUAAGAAGUAGACACUCCGAAACCUUAGACCAAAUCCCGGCAGUUUUUGUUGCCUUGAAAGCUGAUUUGGAUAAACAACAACAGAGGUCAGAUGUACAACCGGAAAACUAUACUCGGGAUUUGUUUCUUAAUUCCCCAUUACAUAUUUCAUCGACUUGGACAUCUUCUUUACAUGAACUUUUCAGUCAAUUAGUUGAUGCCGCUAAAAACCCAAUUACGGCGACUCCAGGACUCGAUGUGGAUGUUAACUAUGAACAACAAGAAACAAUGAAACGGUAUCUUAUGGUUGGCAGUGCCAUUUCAGUCAUGUCACUCGUAUCUCUUUGGAUAUGGAAGAGCUCUCUUCAAUCUUCAAAUUCGUAG